AUGCUCACUUGCCGUCACCUCACUCCUUCGACUGACUAUGGAGCCUCCUCGUGGCAGGAGGUCGUGAUCGUCGAACUGCAUCAAGGAUGUGCCGCAGAGAAGAGCGGGAAGAUCAAGGUCGGAGACUACAUCAUCGCUGCUAAAGACGACAAGAAAUCGUGCGAAGUAAAAGACGACGCAUCGGGCUCGCAGGAAGUGAUCGACGUGAUCAAGGGGAGGCAAGGGAGUCAUGUGAUUCUCACCGUCGGGAGGGAUGAGCCUCAGAACGAGUGCAAGCUCAUGGUAGGCGCCCACGUUCGGGUUCAAGACUUGAAGUUCCAGGUUCUUCCACACUGUAACGCCCACACGAUCUCGCCGUUGAAUUGGAUGCAACAGCCUGAGUACAACACGAUGGAAGGGGUCGUUGAGGAGAUUGGGGAGCGAAUUAGUGUCAAGAUAGGACAAGAGAUUGUCAAGACCGGUGCUCACAACCUGGUGGUCUUGAGCGCUCCUUCCUAUCUCUGCCAUGUCAUCACCCUGGAGCUUGUAAGAGGAGACGCAGAGUUCAUCGAUCUCUUUGACAAGCUGCUGGAGAUGCAAGAGAGAGACCUCAGACGGACGCAUGCGCUGCUUCUGGACCAUCUUGCAUCAUACAAGAACGUGGGCAACGACCAGGAGGGAGAGCAUGUGGAGGAAAAGGAGAAGGCCAAGAUGCUAGAGGAAUCCAUCAGGGAGGUCCAGGCGAAAAUCAGCAGCCUUCAGAGGUCCAAGGAGGACGACGCUGCUGCUGCCUCACAGAAGGAAGCUCCCGUCGACCCUCCUAGGCCUUCAGUGUCUGACUUUCCUGAGCAGGUCCACGACCUGGAGCAAGAGUUUCGUAGAAGAUACAACGCUGAGGUGGCAAGAGCAGCGGCUGACGCUGCCGUUGCAAGCAGCGAGGGACUGGGGCUGAAGGGGAAGCCGCGCUGA